AUGAUUCCCUGCAGAGCAGCCCUGUCCUUCGCCCGGUGUCUGAUCCGGAGGAAAAUGGUCGUUCUGGAUGGCCUAGAAGAUUCCAAAUUAAGCCGCUGCUUAUCCACUGUGGACCUCAUUGCCCUGGGCGUUGGCAGCACCCUCGGCGCGGGGGUUUACGUCCUCGCUGGGGAGGUGGCCAAGUCGGACUCGGGCCCCAGCAUCGUCCUGUCCUUCCUCAUCGCCGCCCUGGCUUCGGUGAUGGCAGGCCUGUGCUAUGCCGAGUUUGGGGCGCGAGUGCCCAAGACGGGCUCCGCGUACCUGUACACUUACGUCACUGUCGGAGAGCUGUGGGCCUUCAUCACUGGCUGGAAUCUCAUUUUAUCCUAUGUGAUAGGUACAUCGAGUGUCGCAAGAGCAUGGAGCGGCACCUUUGAUGAACUUCUGAACAAACAGAUUGGGCAGUUUUUUAGGACACACUUGAAUAUAAAUUAUGCCGGCCUUGCAGAGUAUCCUGACUUUUUUGCUGUGUGCCUCAUACUACUUCUAUCAGGUCUUUUAUCUUUCGGGGUGAAAGAGUCUGCUUGGGUGAACAAAGUCUUCACGGCCGUUAACAUCCUGGUCCUGCUGUUUGUUAUGGUUGCUGGGUUUGUGAAAGGAAAUGUGGCAAACUGGAAGAUCAGUGAAGACUUUCUCAAAAAUAUAUCAGCAACUGCCAGAGAUCCGCCUUCUGAAAACGGAACGAGUAUCUACGGGGCCGGUGGCUUCAUGCCCUACGGCAUUGCGGGGACGUUGGCGGGGGCCGCCACGUGCUUUUAUGCCUUUGUGGGAUUUGACUGCAUUGCAACGACUGGGGAGGAGGUCCGCAACCCGCAGAAGGCCAUUCCGAUCGGAAUCGUCACCUCUUUGCUCGUGUGCUUCAUGGCGUACUUCGGGGUCUCCGCCGCCCUCACGCUGAUGAUGCCCUACUACCUCCUGGACGAAAAGAGCCCCCUCCCUGUCGCCUUCGAGUACGUCGGAUGGGGUCCCGCCAAAUACGUCGUUGCUGCCGGCUCGCUCUGUGCUCUGUCAGCAAGUCUUCUUGGAUGCAUUUUCCCAAUGCCUCGUGUAAUCUAUGCUAUGGCGGAGGAUGGGUUGCUUUUCAAAUGUCUAGCUCAAAUCAAUUCCAAAACGAAGACACCAAUAAUUGCUACUUUAUCGUCCGGUGCGGUGGCAGCGGUGAUGGCGUUUCUCUUCGACCUGAAGGCGCUUGUGGACAUGAUGUCCAUCGGCACUCUGCUGGCCUACUCUCUGGUUGCAGCCUGUGUUCUCAUCCUCAGGUACCAGCCCGGCUUAUCAUAUGAGCAGCCCAAAUAUUCUCCUGAGAAAGAAGCUCUGGAAUCGUGUGCCGGUGGGGACUUGGAGAGCGUGUCCCAUGUCACCAUGCUGCAGGGACUGGGCUUCAGCCUGCAGACCCUCUUCAACCCCUCGGCUCUGCCUACACAGCAGUCGGCUUCUCUUGUGAGCUUCCUGGUAGGACUCUUAGCAUUUCUCAUUCUGGGCCUGAGUGUCUUGACCACUUACGGAGUCCAGGCUCUUGCCAGGCUGGAAGCGUGGAGCAUUGCCCUUCUUGUGCUGUUUUUUGUUCUCUCCAUUGCCAUCGUUUUCAUCAUUUGGAGGCAGCCCCAAAAUCAGCAUAAAGUAGCCUUUAUGGUUCCAUUCUUACCAUUUCUGCCAGCGUUUAGCAUCCUGGUGAACAUUUACUUGAUGGUCCAGUUGAGUGCGGAGACUUGGAUCAGAUUUAGCAUCUGGAUGGCACUUGGGUUCCUGAUUUACUUCGCAUAUGGCAUCAGACACAGCCUGGAGGGAAAUUCCAGGGGUGAAGACGAUGAUGGAGAUUCGUAUUCAGACAACAUUAACUCGGCAGCAGAAGAAAAAUCUGCCAUUCAAGCGCAUGACCUUCACCAGCGGAACCUCAGCUUACCUUUGAUACUCCAUGAAAAGACGAGCGAAUGCUAGUGCUUGCAGGAGCAAAGCCGGUCACAGUUUUAACGUGUGUGUCCUACACUGGGUGAACCCUGACGGAUGUCAGCAUCGUGCUAGCUUGUCAUGGGUUUGCUGCAGACAUAGUUCACCCUAAUUUAUACUCACCUGGACAGCACCUCCUCGGGCGGUGAAUUAUACCUGGGGAGGCCUGAGCUCUCUCCUAGUGCUGUCUCCCAAAUAGUGUGCAUUUGUGUGUGUCUGUAUAUGUUGGGGAAUACCAAUGGUAAAAGUUGUUGGUGUUGUACUCUUAUUGCAUUACAUUUUUCCCGUGCUUGUCAUGAAUUGGUGUCACAUGCUGCACAUCCUGAAAUGGAGGUAAUCACUGAAUCCAAGAGCGUUUUGUGUGUGCUUGGUAUUGUUAGGGAAAUGACUGUUGCUUUUCCGUGUUAGACUUCAUUAAUGUCAACUUAGAACAUGCUGCAGACGCAGUUGCUCAUCUGGGUGUCUGUCAUUGGUCAGGAGCAAGAGGAGGGGUAAGAAUGAGCCUUUUCUGUAACUUACAAAUGCCAGCAGUGGGUUUAGUACAGAGGUUUCUUCUGCCGGGUAUGACAGUUCGCUAGAACUUCAGCCAAUAGGAGCAUUUGCACCUGCCAUGCUACACGGGGCAGGAGUGACAUUCUGCAUCGCCAGAUGGCACCCUUAGACCUGCGGUCUUCUUUGAGAGCAGUGGUCCUUAACUAUGAGACUUUCACCCAGUAAGAGUGGUAAGCCCCCCUUGGCCCAAUCAGGGACUUGAGGCAGGUACACGUAGUGUGAUCUGCUCGAGACCCUUUAUGCCGGAAGGUGGUCCCCAUGGCCAGAAAGCUGGUGUAAGUAACAAUGAUGAGAAUGUUUGAAAAUCAGAGUUAGACAUACGCUUGGAUAAGUAGAUACCAAGCAUCCUUGUUUUAAAAGUCACUUAAAAUAAGCCAAUCGAGUCUCCCAGACCACACAGCUAUGGAAUGAUUCAUACGUUUUCCAUCACUUAAUAACUCAUCACAGUUCAGGUGUUUUAACCCUGUCAGACAAAUUCACUCCUGUGUUUUGUUAUGAUUUUGUCAUGUCCUAGAUGUCAGGGGCUACAGUAGCAAGUUCUAUCUUUACUACCUGCAAAAGAGGGAAAAAUGAAGGGAUUCAAGGAGGGACGACUUCCCUGUCCUGAUUUUAAAUUGCCUGUUUGGAUACUAAAGGGCAUUUGGCUCCAUUUGAGGGGUUUAGAACUAAUUUGGCUGUUUCUUUUGGAAACAUUUAGGGGUGUUUUCAUUCUCCAUCCCAUAAUAGUGUGGCACUUGCAAUUUCAUUUCAUUUUAAAUGGCUGCACUAAAGCUAUGCAUACAAGCUCCAGUAUUCCACAGUAGCCUGCCAGUGGUUGGGAAAUAAAAUAUCUUGGUUAAAUAAUGAUUAUUUAAAACUUUCAGUUAAAAAUUAACCAAAUUAAAGCUAUAGAAGCAAAGUAACCUCAAAAUGAGUAAAUAAUUUGUUUUUAUAUGUAAGAUUCUACAUUUUACUUUAUAGGGUUCUCUAAUAGUGGACUAUUUGCAGUGGGAUUUGCUUCUCAUGGAUUAUUAUUCUUACAAAUCAUUAAAUGGUUCACUCAAUGAAGCUAGAAGCUCAAUACAUAUUUAUAUACAUGUGGUUUUUCCCAGGACAAGCAUUACCAAGCACACCAGUUGGCUAGCCUAGUCCAGAAACAAGGAAAGCAUUUCUGACAGCCCUUCCAAGAGAUCAGUUAUUGUAUUGAUGCCAUUAAAAAGCAAUCUGCGAUUGAAUUGCCUAACCAAGACUUUAUUGUGAUUAAAAAGCAGACAAACAGGAAGCCUGGGUUUGGGGCUGCUAGAAUCCUAGCAUCCCUGACAGAACUCAGUACUGACAUUCCACAAUUCCCAGGUCUACCCUGUAAAAUCCAAGGCCCAGAAUUCUCUUCCCAGCUGCAUGUUGCCCUGGAGAGGAAGAGGCAGGCAGGCAGGGGGUGAAGGAGACAUGUGAGGACCGUAGCAUGCUCUUAGAUCUUUGCUGUCGUAGCUGUAACCCAAGAGCCCCUUUUAUUCCAUGAUCAGUCUAGAACAGGCCCUUCACACGGGGAACGUGUGGAUUUCUUAUAUGAAUAUAUUUAACUCUUUCAGUGUAACGAAAUCAAGAAAUUUGUUUAGAAUGUGAUAGGCAGCUACAACUGUUAUGCCCACCAUGUUCAUUUAGCAGCAGAAUUUAGUUAAACGUUACUUUUCCACAUUGAAAUACCUUGCAAACACAAAUAUCUAUGAAAAGUUGCUUUGUCGGUGACUGUGCUUUUUUUUCCUUUGAAGGCUCAAAUGUGUGUCUGUAUGUAUGUGUGAGUGUGUAUAUAUUAUAUAUAUAUGUAUGUGUAUGUCUGUGUAUUUCAAAGACAGUUGGGUUUAUGAUGGGCUUUGGAAAUAUAAUACCAUUGUGUGGAUUUAAAAAAAUCCAACCGAUGUAGAGAAAAUAGAAUGUUUUGUAUUGAUAGGUAUGCUUAUAUAAAAUGUUUAGGUUUUAAAGUAUUUUGAAAUACACAGUGAUUUUAUAUGUAUGAUAUUUUCUAUAGAUAGGUCCUUUAAGAAAACUAUAUUUAUAAUGUUUCUAAGGUGAAAUCACUAAACUCUAGUACAUUGUACCAGGUGCUUUCUAAUCUGAAAUGGAGUGGGGUGGGGACAUUAGGGUGUUUCUGUUUACUUGUCUCUGUGGCACCUUUUCUAACCUUCGUCCUGGUGUGUCUAGGAAAAGCCAGUACUACCAGCUCCAGACCACUUCCCUGUUCCCGCACUUGAAUUCACAAUCUUUGGAAUGAAAUGUUGUUUUUACUUCCCGAGGAUUACCAAAGUGUUUUUUAUAGAUUUGACUAGUAAUUAAUCAGGCUUUCAUAAAAUUCUCUCCAGAAACUAAAAAAUACAUAUAGACAUUCUCUUAAUUGUGAUUGCAUAAAAACAGCUUAAAUUACAUUUCCUUUUUUUGUGUGCUAGGAAAUAUAUCCUCUUAAUAUUUUCAGUGAGAAACGUCAAUAGCAACCUUUAUUUUAUACUCUUUUAAAAGAGAAGAUGGUUUGCGAAUAACCGUAUUUAGAUCAUCCCACCCUACAUUUAACAAGGUAGCUAUGCAAAUUCAAAUGUAAAAAUUAUUUAUAAGAAAACUUAGAGCUUUUGCUAUAUACUGAAAUACAGAUUAUUACAUUAUCACAUUUUCCCCAGAGAUAAACAUCAGGAAAACUAAGACCAAAACAUCAUUUGAGAUAUAUUCAUUAAAGCAAAACUAAUGUUGAUGUAUCUAAAACUUUAUUAUUCCAACCAUCGUGGAAGGAAAAUACCCAUUUCGAAAUGAUUUUCCUUUAAAAGACAAGAGCCUCUUAAUUUUUCUGAAUAACAUUUUUUUAAAAAACUUUACAAUUUUUAAAUAUUAGGCAAAAUAUUUUUGGAGUCCUGGGAAUUUGCAGGUAGUUGCUCUAAUAUUUGCAGUUCAAAUCUGUAUUUACCCAAUUAUUUUCUAAGCUGAUUUGAAUGCUUGUGAGGGGAACAGGGAAGAGGGGCCGCCCUCCAGGGCUGGUCACACCACCGGGAGCGGGUCAGCCUCAUCUCCUUUCCUCUUCCACGGGGCACAUUCUGCGACUACAAACCACGACACAGAGUCGUGCCCGGUCCCAACCCUCCCUUCCCUGUGAUGUUGCUCACGAUGUUCUUGGCCUGAUUUCUCCUGCUGGGCUUCAGGUUAACACCAAAAGCACAAUUUCCACAAAAUCUUAAAGGAUUGGAUGGUGCAUGAUGGAAUAUUAAAAUUCACAUGAUUAGAGUGAAUUUGGGGCCCGGGUGUGUGUGUGGAAUUAACUGUUUUCUUUUACUAGCACCAAAAUAAAAUAGUGCCUUCUCUGUACAUUUUCUACUUACGUUCUUUAACAUAUCCUAAAACAUCAAGGGAAAAAGUACCAAAUUCACGUAGGUGUAACGCCAGCACGGGCCAUUUUUUAAUGCAGGCUUGGGAGUAAGGUUGCUUGGCCUUGUUGUUUAGCUGUGUUGUUUUUCCCUCCUUGUAUAAUUAUGUUUAAAUAUUUUUAAAUGGCUUUCUGUGUUCUGGGUUUUGAGAGGCCUUCUCUGUUACUGUUGUGGCUGCCGGUUCGGUUAUUGGUUUUUGUAACAUUCAUUAUUGUUUGUACAUGGUCUGGUCUUACUGAUUUCAAAUGCAUUUUGUUAUGGCUCAACCCAGUUGGCAAGUAUAGCUUUUAUUCACUAUGGCUGAAGCCCCUGCCACAAUCUCUGGCCUUCAAGAGCCGUCCCUGACCGCUGGGGCCCCAUGGGGAUCAUAAACCAGGACCCUGAGCUGGUUCCAGGAACAGGCCGCCUGCAAAGGGGGAGCAUCUGUAGCUACCUCUUUUGGGUGGGGUGUUGGGAUGUCAGGAGAGGAUCUGAAGUAAAAGACUUCACACGAAAGUAAGGUAGUUUGGGGUGCUUCAUAUCAGUUCCAAAGGCCCCAAGAGUACAUCAAGGGAAAUGAUCAGGACAGAGGAACCUGUGUGUCUCAGGGAAGGGAUGGCUGCUUCCUGGAACUGGCACCACAGGGCCCAGCUUACUGCGGUCCCUGCAAUGCCCCCGACAGCCUCGGAGUGGGAACUGCACGGGCCAAGGUUCGGCUGAUAAAGAGCCUUGGACUGUCAACAGCCUGGUUGACAGGCUCUUCGUCUUCGGUGUCCGCUAGGGGUGCCCAGUUGUUUCAUUGCUUUAUUGUGUUAUCAUUGUAAUCAACAGAAACUGUAGGUAGGGCCCAAAACCCUAAAGAAAUUCUAUGUCUGUAAAAACCAACAGAUACAUUGGACUUGUGCGAAUGUAAAGAUUUUUUGUUUAGUAGGUAAUUUUAAAUUUAGAUGUUUUUAAUGAUAAUCAGUGUUCCUUUUUACAUAUAAAGUUGGAUUAUUUUUUAGAAUUUGUAAUAAAUGAAAACUGUUGCUGCUUUACCACUGUAAAAUAGGCUUUCUAAUGUGACCAUGUAUUUUUUAAAUAAAUUUUAAUACAACUUGUA